GCCACAUCAUGUUAUCAAGUUUUCGAUGUCGGUAAUCGUCGGUUUCAGACUGAGAUGUUCUGCAAGCUUGUUAUUUGGCUUAGUAUUUAGGUAGCUGACGACUUCAAGGACUUCAAAUUAUUAUUUUAUUGCCUGGACAUUGCCACACAUUACUCUGGGUUGGAUUUACACCAUGGACGCGAGAAAUGAUGCAUGGACAAAAUAUUUUGGACUAUUUACUAUGAGCUUGCCCACUAGUCGCAGCUAGAUUUCUUGCUACCGACGUUAGCUAAUAAUUUACAAGCUAACGUUAGUAUAGUACUCUAGCUAUUUGAAUGAGAGAAAAGUCUGGUCUGAUGCUAGCUAGCUAACAUUAGCUAAGUUAGCUAGCUAACUUUUGCUCGAAGCUCGAAGCUAUGUUUAGCUAACUUACUGUUGUUGGCUAGCAUUGCUAGGGGCUAGCUAGCAACGUGGAGCUAGUUUUGUCUAGCUACUGUACUGUAACUUGUUCGAAUAAUGUUUUGAAAACUGUUUCAGCUAGCUAAUGUUUUCAGUACUGUAGCUAGUUGCAAUAUUCAAGGAAACCACUUCUGCGAUUUUGUAUCAUGAUAGCUAGCAGUAAUGGAACAACCAGUUUAUUUUAACGCACUCAUCUCUUCUCAUAUUUUCGUUGACGGUUAAGCCUCCAACAGUAACCAUAAUAUUGACAGUAGGUUAACCUAAGCUUGCAUUAAGUCAUUGGUUCAGUGGUUGAACUGAUGGUGACAAGACUAGUUCCAAUUGUAUUGCUAUAAAAGCUGGGUCCAGUCCUUAGUUGGCAGCUAAUACUACUUAUCAUAAAUGAACGAGGCUUUCCUGCAGAUACAGCAUUAAACAAUGUUUUUAUAUUGUCUUUCUUUAAUGGGGGCAUUGUCAUUAGCUAAAUAAAUAGCUAGCUAAACAAAGUUGCAAAAAUGUCUGACCCAGAAAAUCCCUUUUCGAAUUCUAGUUUGGGAGACUUGGAUUCAGAAAAUCUGACUUUAAGUUCUGAUUUGGGGGACCUGCAAUGGCUCUGCAUGAUUACACUGUUCAUUGCCUCCAUCAUUACAUUGAUACUGUAUCUGAUACAGUAUUUUUACGGAGAUCUACGGACACAAAAGCCUGAGACCAACAAUGCAAUUUUGGAGGAAGCGGACACUCUGGGAUGGGCGCUGUCACUGAAAAGCUGGAAAAGUCAAUGGAGAGCAGCUUGGUGCAGAGCGUUGAAUGACAAAUCUAGGAAUUCUUCGAGCCCAGUGCAACUAACAUUUGAAGAGGAUGGUCUUCAGUCAUCAGAGCUGAUGGUUGGUCAAGUGUCUAGCCUCCAGAAGUCUGCUGGUCAGAAGGCUGCACAGUGCAAGGUGGUUGGGGACAAUCUUCAGUUCUCCCUCUGUGCUUCACCAUCAGCCAUGUCUCCAGGAGAGCCCUGUAUGUACAGUGUGAAGAUAUCUCCAGUUGAAUUUCAGUUGGACUUGCAGAUGAAGGAGUCUGAAGGGGAAGUCCAAAUAUGUUGGGGCGUGGGCCAUCUGGAGACAUGGGACCUGCAGCUUAUUCCCAUCUCCACAGAGGACAAUGCCACCGGUCCCUCUGUAGCAGCAGUAAAGGACAGGCUGAAACAGCUGCUCUGCACUGUGCGUCCCUCUCUGAUUCUAAGUUGCAGGCCUGCCGAGGCCACAGGGGCCAAGGUGGCAAGUCACAAGAUGACGUCUCCACCUAAGCCGCCCCGCGCUCAUGACUGGAAGCUGCUGGUGAAGAAUAUCCGGGUGACGUUUAAGGACCUGGAGGACGGUGCUGCUGGCAGUAUGAAUCCUCUGUGUGUUCUGCAGCUAGAUGACCCCAAACAGAAAUUCUCCACUUCAGUUUUUCAAAACACAGCCAGCCCAGCCUGGGAUCAGCCCUUCAUCUUUGAGCUGAAUGGAAGAUCAAAAGAGCUCAAUAUUCAGCUUCUGGAUGAUGGGAUACCUCAGGACAACGCCUUACUGGGUCAAGUGUCUGUGCCUUUUGAUCUAGUGAAGAAACAGCCCAAAGGACAGCAAACUUUUGCACUCAUGACCAAAGACCGAGUGACGGGGUCACUUACUACUGAGUUUACUUACCUAGAGCCCAGUGAGCUGCGUUCGUGGCAAACCCCUACUCCAGCCCUUACUAAGAGAGUGGAGAUGGACCGCACAGUAAUGCCCUGUGGUACUGUGGUCACCACAGUCACUGCAGUUAAGAGUAAACCAGGUCGACCUCUACCACCGGGACCUGGCGCAGGUACAGCCCUGCUGACCCCCCUGAAGCCUCCCAUUAAGUCCAAGCUAUCAUCUCGGAGGGUGUCAGAACAGCCAUCAAUGCUUGGGACCAUGGGGAGCAAGGCCCUGUCCGCCUCUGACACAGAGCUGCUCAUGCUGAACGGGACCGACCCGGUGGCGGAGGCUGCUAUCCGCCAGCUUCACGAGUCGGCCAAGCAGAAGCUCAAGUCCCCUGUGAAGAAGAGCACCAUCAUCAUCUCAGGAGUAGCUAAGACACCUCUGUCUCAGGAUGAUGAAAUGGCUAUGAUGGCCGGCUAUGCUGCUGCAAUGGAUGCCUCCAUGUCGGAGUCGGGUUCUCAGGAGAUCGCUGUGGCGACAGUAGUUGCUGCCAGUAGCAUCCCCCCAGAGUCUUUGGCGGCGGCCUCCAACGAGGGCCUCAGUGGAGUUGCCCAGGCUCCAGAUCAACAGGCCCCAGAAGACUGGGAGAGCCAAGCAGGAGAGGAGCCAGAUCCAGACAGACAUGCAGACAAAACCUCCAUGUCCCUGUGCAUCUCAGAGUCUGGCUCCAAGAAGAGCAGAGAAGAAACCAGUGCUAACCAAAAAUUCUAUCCUGAAGAGAGGCAGCUUCCUGCACAAGAGUGCCAAGCUGUUCUUCCGUCGGCGGCGCCAGUGCAAGGACCCUGGGAUGAGUCAGUCCCACAACGACCUGGUCUACCUGGAGCAGCCUGUGAUGGUGGACCGGGAGAAACGCACGGCCACCUUCAGCCGGAUGCUGAACCGCAAGCUGUUGCCCAAGAGCAGGAGCAGGAUCAACGGCUCCACUACCCCCCAGGGGGAGCAAGACGCGGCCUGACCCCUACGCCUCCUUCCCAACCACCCUCUCCUUCCUCUCCUCUGGUUCUCCCUCCCUCUACACCGCCUCCCUUACCAGCCUCUCCUGUGGUCUUCCAUCCUCCCACGCCUCUUCCCCUACCACCCUCUCCUCCUUCCUCACCUCUGGUGCUCCUUCCCUCUACGCCUCCUCCACUAUCACCCUCUUCUGUAGUCGUCCGGCUCCCUACACCUCCUUCCCAACCACCCUCUCCUUCCUCUCCUCUAGUCCUCCGAUCCCCCACGCCUCCUCCCCUACCACCUUCUCCUUCCUGUCCUCUAGUCCUUCAACUCCCCACACCUCCUCCAUUACCACCGUCUCCUUCCUGUCCUCUAGUCCUCCACCCCCCCACGCCUCCUCCCCUACCACCUUCUCCUUCCUCUCCUCUAGUCCUUCAACCCCCCACGCCUCCUCCCCUACCACCUUCUCCUUCUUGUCCCCUAUUGCUCCAACCCCCCACGCCUCCUCCAUUACCACUUUCUCCUUCCUGUCCUCUAGUCCUCCAACCCCCCAUGCCUCCUCCAUUACCACCUUCUCCUUCCUGUCCUCUAGUCCUCCAACCCCCCACGCCUCCUCCCCUACCACCUUCUCCUUGCUGUCCUCUAGUCCUCCAACCCCCCACGCCUCCUCCCCUACCACCUUCUCCUUCCUGUCCUCUAGUCCUCCACCCCCCCACGCCUCCUCCCCUACCACCUUCUCCUCAUCCUUCCUAUCCUCUGGUCCGCCAAUCCCCCACACCUCCUUCCCUACAACCCUCUCCUUCCCCUUCCUGUCCUCUGAUUCUCCACCCUCCCACACCUCUCUAGUCCUCAACCUCCCAUGCCUCCUUCCCUACCACCCUAUCCUUCCCCUUCCUGUCCUCUGGUCCUUCACACCCACACGCCUCCUUCAACAACCUUGCACUGACUGAGAGAUACCACUUCUUGAUCCAUGAAUCUUCUAUUAUAGAUUAAGAAGCCGUAUUUAAGAAAAAUAUUGUAUUUAUCUCCCUUCUGCUCUUCCUCCAUCUUAACCUUUCAUUGGAGCAGAAAUAUUUUACAGAUGGAGGGUUUUUGAGUGAUGCUAUUUAGAAUGAUUUUAAUACCACUUCAUGAUUUUUUUGUAUUGUAAUUUUUUUGUUUUGCAUUCUGCAUUUGUGACCUUCUAAACCAUGAGAAGAACUACUGGUGGCCAACCAGGAUCCUAGUCCAAUCAGAGGGUAGGAAGAGCACCCUUGACCUUUAAACUCUGGACGGGUCUCAUGGACGUUGGCCAAGAGGGACCAAAGGAGAGAAGAGUGGUGUUGACAUUUGCACAUUUCUAGAAACAUAUUUUCUCAGUUGUACACUUAAGCUUUGACUCGUGCUUUAAAGAUGCAAUGAAAAGAUCUGCUCUAGGUUAGCUAUAUAAAUACUAAGCGGCUUGUGUUGGCCUUGUGUAUAUAUAUUUACACUGCUUGCAGUGUAGACCAAGGGUGCCAGUUGGUUCCACUGCACGGGUUGAUACUAGUUUGAGAUGAUGACGACGACGAUGAUGAUGAUACAAGACUUAUCUCAGAUUAAUUCAUUUACGAACCUCAAAGACUCAUGCCAGACAAAAUAUCAUUCAUUAAGUUAUGACACAGCUUUGAGAUAAAUAUCAUUAAUCAGUUAUCUCAAAAACAGUGAAACUGUUCAUAAUCUUUAUUUUUUUAUAGUUUUAGAAUAUCCAGAAUACACUAGUUCAAACAAAAAACAUUACAGUAACAUCAUGGAGAACAUGAACAUUUUAGUAUAAGACUUUUACGUUUUUAUUUUGAUCACUUUACUUCUAAGAAUGAUGUUUCAAAUUAUAUGCAAUUUCCUCUAGUCUUCCGACCAAAAUAUUUCCUCUCUACACUACAACUCUGUCUGGGUUGGUGAGGCUGAAAAUAGAACCUGGAUGUCUUUGUGCUGGGAGCGGGAACCAACGUGACACCACCCCAGGCAUACUUGUUCCAGUGUUCACCGUUUCACUCACUGAAUGACUUUUUUGCUAUGUUUUUUUGAAUGAAAUGUAUCAGAGCUUUAUACAUUGCCUUGACAAAAGUGAUAAUGAAAAUGGUUGGGAUAUCUGAAUGGUUUUACUGCUUUUGGCUUUUACCUAGCUAAAGAUUUUUCUGUUUUUUGUCUAAAAUAGGUAGAUUAAAUUAGCGCGAUCUUCAGUAUCAGUUCCCAUUAUGUUAACUGCUGUUUUUCUUCUCAGUGAAUUAACCUCCUGAAAGGACCGCUAUACUUCUAUGAACUUUAUGGCAGUACUCAAGAGGGACAUAGUCAGAUGCCGUUCUGUUUACAGUGCUUUUGAAAAGACUAAGGAACCCUUUUACCAGUGUAGUAGUGACAAACUGUAGUGGGAGUACCUCUUGAAAAUUGUGAAUUUUUUUGUUCAGGUAUGAACAGUUUUAGAAUGACCUGCCACCUGUGUUAUUCUGGCUAUUAGGUUUUUUUCAGAGGACUUGUGGCUGUAUGGCUUGAAUGGCUUUUAGAUUAGAUAAAGAGGUGCCAGUUUGAUUCUUCCUCUCAAUCUAUAUGAAAACGAUCUAAUCGAAGACCUGUUUUUAUCAUAUCCAUGAAUGACUGACUUACUGAUUGAUCACACUUGUUGCUGAAAAACAUUGCAUGUCAUUUAUGUUCUAGAACCACGGCAUUAUUUACAUUCUCUUCUGCAGAUACUGUAUAGUUUAUAUUGGAACAGUGGUGUCAAAUAUUGACUUAGUGCUGGUAGGGUUUCCAAUGGCCCAACUCCUCCCUGUUUUGUUAAGAUCUUUUUUUUAGAGCCAUCUUGUAGAUUGAGAUGUAUGCCAAAGCCCAGAGUCAUCUUAAAACCUUGUUCAAACGUCUGAAAGGAAAUAUGGGACGUUUUAACUGUAAGAUUCUAACUCCUAAGCCUGAUAUCAUGACUGCUGACAUGAUCAAGAUUAUGCAUUUCAUUAAGUAAAUCCAUCUAUGUUGAAUCGCUUCUUGAUAGUAACCGUUUUAGAUUAUAAGAAAACCUCCCAUAUAUGCAAAAUUAUAAAUGUGCUCACAUAGUGACUCAAUCAGACCAUUAGAUUUUAAAUGAAAAGCUUACAAACAGGCUCAAACUAUAGAAGAAUGUCUUUGAAAAUGUUUACCCAAGUUACAAUUUCCCAGUGCUUAGACUUUAAUAUUUUUUUUAUGUUGUAGAUUAGAGCCUCUUUUAGUUUUGUGUUGUUUGCCAUCUGUUGAGACCACAUGCUCCUGAAUACAAGGUGGGUGUCAUCUUCAGCUAAUAAAUUGGGGUUACAUUUGAAAUGUAGAUUUUUCAAAGUAAAUGGGUGGUUAGAGGGCCACACAGAAGAAUGUAGACUUGAAUGUGUAUGUCUCUUAAGUGACACCCACCCUUUAAUAAAAAGCUUGUGUCUUCGCUGUUCUUGGACUCUACGUAAAAACCUUGAAAUUAUAAAACAGCUCGACAACCCUGUUUGUAAGCUUUCAAAUUAGGUCAAAUCCAGACACUUUUUCCCCUUUCAUUAGGAAAUGUCUUGUGAUAGAGUGGGUCAUGGAAAAUGUGUCCUCUUUGAACACUUCCUCCUGUAUGUUUUGGCAUUCAGGUUCAAAAAGUCUGUCUGAUCGCUUUUGCUGGGAAAUUGUUCAUGAAGAGAGUUUAAAUCAAAAGGAAAAAUUUCAAAAAGUAAUUAAAUCAAAAUGGAUUUACUAAGUAUAUGAUAAAACUGCUUCCUGACAUUUAAUAUUGGCGUUGGCUCUGAAAUGCACAGAACCUGUUUGCCUGCUGAUAUUGAAUUUCAGCCAAAGCCACGCAGGGAUUAUUACCAGUUAUUGACAUAUCAGGUUUAUCCUCUUAAGCAAUAAAUAUUGACUAAACAACCA